GCCUAUAACAACAGGAGCUCUACGAGGAGAAGAAAAGGCCUGGAGCAUCGGUCGCUAUCACAGCCACAGAUUCGGUUUAUUUUAUACCGUGCCGCCCGGGUCCCCGGUAAACAUGAGUCGAGAGGUGCUCGCCGAACUUAACUGGGCCGACGGCUUUGCGAUCCCAGUGGCAAACUCGGAGAAUAAAGCGCUGGAGGACGAGAUGUUAAGAAAAGAAAAGGAGAAGACGAGCUUAUCAAACCAGCUAAAAGAAUUUGAAGACCGAAUUCAAGCUAUGGCUGAACAUCUGAAAAAUGUCAAGCAAGAGUUAAACUAUACUCAGUCUCUUUGCAGGGCAAGAGAGAAAGAAACAGAAAGCGAAGAACACUUUAAAGCGCUGUCUGAAAGGGAGAUUGGACGUCUCAAACAAGAAAUUCAGAGACUUGAAAAUGAGCUUGUGUCCUUGAGAGAAAAGAAAAAUAACCAAGAAAAUAAUAUUUUUAAAGCCACGCAAAAGCUGGAAAACCUUAAACGUCAGCUCAGCUGGGACCAGCAGGCACUGGAAGCCUGGCUAGAAGAAUCCUCACGCAAAGAUGAAGAUUCAGUUGCUCUCCAAAAAUACACCCAAAAGGAUGAUGGAAAAAUCAAAGAGCUGUCACUGCAGAUUGAACGGAUGACAAUGGAAGCAAACCAAAAGCGCAAACUACUGGACAAUGAACUUACAGAAACUAUCACUGCACAGAUUGAACUGGAGAAGACAGCUGAGGAUUUCCGGAAAGCUCAUUCAGAAAGGCAACAGCUGAUCCAGCAAUGGGAAAGCACCAUUGAUCAGAUGCAGAAAAGGGAUAAAGAAAUUGAUCACUGUGCAUUGCUACUAGCCCAGGUCAAACAAGAUCUGAGGAGCCGAGAAAGCGUAAUCAAGGAGAAAAUGCAGUUUUUAAAGAGUGAAAUUGAUAAUAACAAGGAAUAUGAAAAGAAGAUUUCCAGCUCAGAAAGGCAAGCAGCUAAACUCCGUCUGGACUAUCAGGAACAGGAAUCUCUCCAAAAUCAAUUAAAAGAUGAGCUGGACACACUCAAAGUAACAGUUGACAGGACCGCCACGGAUUUAGAGAUUAUGAGAACACAAGUUACCAAUCUGAAGAAGGAUGUCCAGAACAAACAAACCAGAUACAGUUUGGCAAAAGAAUAUAAUGACGGACUCUCCCAAAAACUGAAGUUUGUGACUGAAUCCGCAUUAAGUCUGGAGGAGAGAGCAUUACGCAUGGAAGAGAUGCUUAGGGAGCACGAAGGAACUCUUAAGGAGUUUGAAGUCCAGUUAAAACACAUAAGAGAGAUGCAUUUCAAGAAAUCUCAGGAGCUACAUGAAGUCAAGUCAAAAGAAAAAAAUAUCAUGGCGGAAAUGAAUGGAGGCCAGGUGUCACUGAAGAAUCUUAACGGUGAACUACAGAAGCUUGACCUGCAUGCAGUGAAACAGCAGGGGAUUAUUUACAAUCAGGAUUUUCAGAUCCAGCAAUUGGAGCGCAGGCUGUCACGCUUAAGAGGAGAGGUCAACACUGAUGAAAAGCACGCAUUGGAGGUCAAAGUGUCUGAACUCACCAAAGCCUAUGAGGAGCGCAAAGCUGCUCUUAAUCUAUUGAACGUGCAGCACAAGAAACUACAGGGAGAUGUUCGGAAUAUCAAAAGAGAACUUGAGAAAACCGGACAGCAGAAGGGAGAUCUCAUCAGUAAAAUGGAAGAACUUAAACUCUACAAUACAAUGUCAGAGAAAGCACUAAAAAAGAUCAAAACAUCAAAGCAGGAGUUAAUGGUUGAAGACAAUAUCCUAAAACUGGAAAUUAAGAGACUGAGAGAUAUGCUGUACAGUAAAGCAGAUGAUGUAUUCUCAUUGGAAAAACGCAGAUUGCAGUUACACACUGCCAUGAAAGAACGGACGGAGGAGAUUACGAUCCAUAAAGAGAUGCUUAAAUCGGAGAUCAGAUUCAUGGAUCAAGAACGACAAAACAUAAGUUCCGAGCUUCACGAUAGGCUUGCAAAAGUGGACAAAAUGAGGAAGAGAUUUGAAAUCCUUACCAUUGCAAUGAUGCCUCCGGAGGGAGAGGAGGAGAAAUCCCAGGCAUACUACAUAAUUAAGGCUGCACAAGAAAAGGAAGAAUUGCAGCGUACAGGGGAUGAUCUGGAUGCCAAAAUAAGAAAAGCUGAAAAGGAAAUUGCAGCAUUAGAAAAUACUCUUCAUGUUAUUAAUGGUUGCAACAACUCCUACAGAAAAUCAUUUAAUAAAGUCACUGAAUCAAGUGAAGAGUAUGAAGAGAAAGUUCAACUUGAAGAACAGAAAAAAGCUGCAGAAGAAAAAUAUCGAUACAAAAGACGACAAAUUAGGGAGCUUCAGGAAGACAUGCAGAUUAUGAAAAACACAUUUGAUAACAUGAUAAAAGAAGAAUCAUCUGUCCAAGAGAGGGUGAAUGAAAUGCUUCCUCACAUCACACAGCUUAACAAAGAAACGGAGGAUCAAAAGCACAAGUUAGACCGAGUGAUGAAACAGUGUUCUAAGCUGGUAAAAGAAAUCCGUUUAGCUAAAAAAACCAAAGGAGAAACACAAGAGGAGCAGGAUAUUGAUGUCCGUGACCUGCGAGAAUUCAACAGAUCAAUCAACAAAAUGUUGGCGCAAACAAUGGCUCAAAAUCCUGACUUGGCUGGAGCUCUUCGGAUGUAUUUUCAACAGUCUGGUUUAGACACACCUACGAGUAGUUCUACUCCAGGAAGCUCAAGGGGUUCGUCAAGAAGUUCGGUUUUGUCAGUCAGAUCAACUUCUUCCAGAAGUUCGACCAGCUCUGGACCCUCACCAUCUGUCAAAGUCCUUGAUCUUGAUCUGCCUCCUGCUUCUCCAUCAUCAAGUGUAUCAUCAGCCCGCAGCAUGAAGACUUCAGCUCGAGGAGCCUCUCGGAACAGUCUCAAAUAAUUGAAGGCAUCCAACUAGACACUAACUAUAUUGGCACAAUCAUUGCUUUAGAAUAGGUUAUGCAUCACUCUGGCACCUUUGUUUGUGGGGGCAUUUGUUUAGGGGGAAAAAAAACAAAUACUAGCUUUCAUCCUGAAAAUAUAUUUACUGAAGAACAAGAAUGAUUAUACUAUGGUACUUUUCUGUGCAAGUCAAAUAGUUUAAUAUAAAGCUGUGAUUAAACUACA